GACGGCUUAGUGGAGUCACCUUGCGAGACCGAGGACCGACGCGUUAGUGGUGCUGGAGGCGUGAUAGAGCUGGAUCACAUGCUAGUCGCUACAGAAGGAACAGGAACAGGACCAGGCGGGGGUACCUUGUGUGCGACUGAGCAGCAAGGAGACAGACCGCAACCUGAAGAUGAAACGCGUGCCUUCCUACCGGAACUAGUGGAAACGGACGUGAGUUUUCCUUGCUUGAUUGCGAGAUUUUCACCGGAUGGUAAAAAGUUUUGUGUCGCGACGUCUGCUGGGGAAUGCAUUAUAUGCUUUAAAGACCAGGAUCAAUGUUAUGGCACAACAAAUUUAUAUGUACUUAGAAUUUUUAGGGAGGUAACCUUUAGAGGUAACCUACUACUCUUUGUACCGUACGUACGCCUCUAAUUUAACUGGGCGGCCUGGAAGAUGCGUUUCGUGGACGACUUUUCUGGUUCUAUCACAGCGAUCUCCUGGUGUGGAAACAUCUUUCUAGCAUUGGGAUCGACUGAUCAAAAGGUGCGCGUGUACUCAACGGUCAUCCAGGAGAACGUGCGAUCACAACGAAACAGGAAAAAUGCGGGAGGAGCUGAAAUUUAUGACAGACUGGACAACAACAAUUUUUCACAUGUUGUUGACGUACAACUUCUCAUUUGGGAUUUGGAUUUGGAGAUUUGAGAAAAAGUUUCUGGCCACCUUUCUUGCAUGUUGAUGUAGAUGCACUUCUAUUCUCCCUGCGGAUUAUAAGAGAUGAAUCCGAGUUGUGGGAUUCUUGACUUAGAAACAGGAAGUCAAAAUACUCGAAAACUGAAAGUAACCGAGUUACAACUGACUGAAAUAAGGGAGGUAGCUUUGACAGGGCUACUCUUCCUUGUUCAGUAUCUCGGUUAUUUUCAGUAGUUACUCGCUUAUUUCAGUGUUUCGAAUAGGUGUUCUCCUUCUCUCUCCCUCUCCAUCUCCACUCUUUGUCAACCUCCCAUCUCUCUGUCAACCUCCUUCUCUCUCCUCCACCGCUCUGUCAACCUCCCAUCUCUCUGUCAACCUCCUUCUCUCUCCCUCCACCGCUCUGUCAACCUCCCAUCUCUCUGUCAACCUCCUUCUCUCUCCCUCCACCGCUCUGUCAACCUCCCAUCUCUCUGUCAACCUCCUUCUCUCUCCCUCCACCGCUCUGUCAACCUCCCAUCUCUCUGUCAACCUCCUUCUCUCUCCUCCACCGCUCUGUCAACCUCCCAUCUCUCUGUCAACCUCCUUCUCUCUCCUCCACCGCUCUGUCAACCUCCCAUCUCUCUGUCAACCUCCUUCUCUCUCCUCCACCGCUCUGUCAACCUCCCAUCUCUCUGUCAACCUCCUUCUCUCUCCCUCCACCGCUCUGUCAACCUCCCAUCUCUCUGUCAACCUCCUUCUCUCUCCCUCCACCGCUCUGUCAACCUCCCAUCUCCACCUUUCAUCUGUCGGACGGCGGCGAAACUCCUUCCGCACCUGGUAUACCCACUUUUGGGCAAAACGUCCUCACCCUACAAAAGGCAGAUGCCUGGGUCACCGCGCUCGCCUUCAACCAAUCCGGGAUGCUCCUUGCCGUGAGUCAGAUGGACUCGACGAUUACGGUCUGCAACAUGGUCACCAAAGAGGAAGAAAUGAUCCGAUGGACUGGCUAUCCUUUCACAAACUUGCUCUUUCUAUUAAGGCUCAACUUUCAAUGGUCAUCAUUAAUGCUCUUUCUAGUAAGGCUCAACUUUCAAUGGUCACCAUUUAGGUUGGAGUCACUGAGGUCGAAGAGGCGACCCCUUCUUGAGAGAACCAACAGGGGAAAUAAACGAAGGGACGAAAGGGGAGAGCUUUAAAGGGGGUCGCUUCCGUUCCGAGUCAGUGGCCGCCGAGUGCUGAGCUUUAAUCCUAGACUCGAAAAUCCUAAUCGCUUGCGGUUUCGACUGUGUACCUGUCUUUUUCUACUAUGAAGACGCUCAGAUCGGCGUGGAAGAAGGACAUUGGAUAUGUGGUGGGUUUUUAGUAGCGGAAUUGGGGUUGCCGGCUGAUCCUGGAACUGCUGGGGGACGUCAAUCUCUCGGAACGGUGAAAGAGGAAGAUGGGAUGAACAAAGAUGCAGAUGUUGUUGGGCGGGGUGGUGUAGCUGGUGUACUAGCAUCCGGAGACGCAAAUGUGAACACGAACCAGUGCGACUCCAAUGCAGCGUCACGUAAACGCGGUAGUGAUUCGAAAAAUACAGGAGGUUCUUCCGAACUCCCAGCCCCAGACGAAAUACACGCUAGUACAGAAGACGCAGGCGAAAAUAAAGAUGUGGAAAUGCAAAUUGCUGGCAGAAGGCGGCGUCUGUCUGCGGAUGCUGUUUCGCCUGCUCUAGUUGUCGAUGGAUCAGGCACAGGCGUCGGGUACGUGGGGAAAAAUGAGCAGCAGGUUCAACAGGAGGUACGGGCUCAAGUACAACAGGUUCCUCCACCUCCUCCGACCACGAGGAGGAACAAUCUGAAGAACAAACUCAGCGAGCGACUACCUUGGCUCCGAAGACAAGCUGUGAGUAACAAAUCAUGGCGUAGAGAGGCACAAGACGAGAUGCAAGCAGCAGCAAAAUUGCUGAGACAUACCAGACGGAUUAUGGACGCAAGAGUUACAGAACUCCCAUGUCGGUUUGCGACUUGUAGUCUAGAUGGAAAAGUUUUGCAGUGGGAUUUGAGUAAUUUCAAUAUACAGCAGAGUGAAUGAACGACGUUGUUGAUGCCAAAAAAAAAAAUCAUGAUCCUCACAUAAAGUGGUAGGACCACUCGAGAGCACCCAGAGACGCCUCUGCUCCAAUGACUUUUGUCAUAGGAUGUCAUCCCUCUUUGCUGAGAAUUCUUGCAAAUUUUUUCUGGUCGAUACUGUGACAUGAGCAACAUGAGCAGCGAAUUUCAGCGAAGCGUCAAGCGCAUGCAUUCAC